CCCCCCACCAAUUGAACGUAAAGCCGAUAACCGCUAAAAACAGUGGCUUACUCUUCCGCACCAUUCCAUAAUUCUACGUUGUUCGACGAACGUCUGCCCGUUGACGAAGGCUGAGUGACACGCUUUUAUCGUUUUAUCAUAACUGCGCAUUCCGCAAACGAGACACUAUGGUUUUGCUGGGCGAAAUCUUUCCCGACUUCACAGCGGACACCCAGAUGGGCACGAUCAGAUUUCACGAUUGGCUAGGCGAUUCGUGGGGUGUCCUAUUUUCCCAUCCCAACGACUUCACGCCAGUCUGCACAACCGAAUUGGCGCGAGUCGCAAGACUAAUGCCCGAAUUUAAGAGACUAAAUGUAAAAGUGAUCGCGUUGUCCUGUAAUUCUGUCGACUCCCAUCGUAAAUGGAUAGAGGACAUAAAGAGUUACAGCAGGGUGGACGAGGAAUUUCCGUAUCCGAUAAUAGAGGAUCAAAGUAGAAAACUUGCCACGCUACUGGGAAUGUUGGAUCCCGCAGAGGUCGACAGUCGGACUGGAUUACCCAUGUCGGCGCGAGCUGUGUUCAUAAUCGACCCAGUUAAGAAGAUGCGACUGUCAAUUUUGUAUCCAGCCACUACUGGCCGCAAUUUCGACGAAAUAAUAAGGGUGAUUGAAUCUCUUCAGCUCACACAAAAGUACAAAGUAGCGACACCUGUAGACUGGAAGAAAGGAGACGACGUUAUGAUUGAUCCAAGUGUGUCGGACAGCGAAGCCAAAGCUUCCUACAACAAUAUCAAGACUGUGAUGUUGCCCUCCGGCAAAACGUACAUGCGUAUUGUGCCACAACCUAUAGAUGCGUAAAAAAAAUUCCUGUGUACAAAAAGAUUCUAAUAAAAGUUGCACAAAUCAAUAUGACAUAA